AUAAUGUAAUGUUUUCAACUUAACGCGUUUGCUGCUUACAACAACAGAAUAAACGAUAAUUAUGGCUAAACACUUUAACGGCAAAAGAAUACUUGUGACCGGGGGCUGUCAAGGUAUCGGAUACGGCAUAGCUACAGAAUUAUGGAAGCAAGGUGCUAAUGUUGUUGCAUUAUCCAAUCAAAAGGAAAGCUUACAAAAACUCCAUAAAGAAUAUCCUUCCAUAGAAGUUGUUUGUGUAGAUCUUCGAGACUGGGCCAAAACUAAAGCAGCUGUAGAUGCCCUAGGCAUCUUCGAUGGGCUGGUCAACAAUGCAGGCAUUGCCAAGACCGAACCAUUUUUAGAAUGCACACCGGAAUACUUUGAUGAGACAAUUACUGUGAAUACCAAAGCCGUGGUCAAUGUGAGCCAAAUUGUAGCUAAGAAAAUGAUUCAAAAUAAAAUAAAAGGAUCUAUAGUCAACAUUUCAUCGCAAGCAUCAAAGGCAGCUCUAAGAGACCACACAGCAUACUGCGCUUCAAAAGCAGCAGUGGAUUCUAUUACUCGCGUGAUGGCUUUGGAAUUAGGGCAAUUUGGAAUACGUACAAACACAGUCAAUCCUACUGUAGUUAUGACCGACUUAGGUCGUGCAGUAUGGGCAGAACAAAGUAAAAAGCAGGCCAUGCUAUCAAAAAUACCUUUAGGAAGGUUCGGUGAGGUGUCCGAAGUAGUGAACGCGGUUUUGUUCCUGCUAAGCGAACAAGCGAGCAUGAUUUCUGGUGUACACUUGGCCGUUGACGGAGGCUUUCUAGCUUUAUAAAAAUUCUACUAAAGCUAAAUGUUGUUUAAUCGAAUAAAGCGAAAAAAAUACCUAA